AUUUCCAAUUUAAUCGCUAUGCCUGUCUACCAGAGUGUUGUUAUUGAAGAAAAUGGCAAUCGAAAUGGAGAAAAGACUUUAUAUAUUACUCCAAAAAGCAAAAAUGACACUCCAAAGCAGCCGAAGAAGAAGCUGGGCACAAUGGCGAGGGUUCUGCUCGCCGGAGCCAUGAUUCUAAUUUCAUUAUUUCUUCUCAUUUCCUUUGGAAAUUAUUUGUAUGAGCUUUAUGGUCCUGAGCCAGAGAAAAAAGUUGAAACAUUCGAUUCGGUACAACGGGAAAAGGAGCCAAAAUCCGAGCUUUCUAGAUUUAUAUCUGCGAAACACGUGUUUUCAGCUCGACCAUUCGGUGUAAUUUGUGCAAACACCGUCACGCGCAAAUGCAGACAUUUUUGCACGCGCUGCGGUGAAAUUCUUCUUGGUGAAUUCAAAUAUUUUUUCCCGCCUUUUUUGAAAUUUUUCGAGGCGUUGGUCGAGCUGAAUACACGUGCGAAAUAUACGAUUCAUGCGGUUUUUCGUUUUAUUGGCGAUUCUUGGGAAAUUUUUCUGGGUCAACGAUGAUGAAGAUGAUGAUUGAUUUAUUUAUGUUUUUUUU